AUGAAGUCUUUCCUAGCCAUCAUACUCGUCGCUUUCCUGUCCUUUGUUUCCCCCUCUGCUGCGUUCACAACACCUUCUAUUUCCGAGGCUUCUAAUAUUAGAACAGUAUCCACCACCACGAGCCUAGCCUUUGGUCCUUUCGGACAACCCAAGGAUGAUGGAAGCCCAGGAGAUUAUCUGUGCAAGGACUGUGGAUAUGUCUUUACCAAGGGACCAAAGGCAUGGGCUGCACUAGACGACAAGUACAAGUGCCCUCCUUGUGGAGCACCAAAGUUCCGAUUCAAGAAAAUCCCAAAGGGCUCGGCAGAUGGAAAAGUUGAAGUCAAGAAGAGUUGGUUCUAG